GCUAGCAAUUUUGCGCUGGAUGCGCUUUUAAAUAACGGUUUAACGUUUAUAGCGCGCAAAUUGCUUGGCCGAUAUGGUAUAAAAGGAUUUAGCUUUUUAAAUAACCUUGCGAGCGCGAAAUUAAGCUUUGGUAAGCUUUUUAAAAAGCUUCGGUAUUGCUUUGGGCAAUCGCUUGUAAACGCAUAUCGGCAUACGGGGGUUAACGGCAUAAUUUUAAUAUGCUUAACAACCAAAACAACGGCUAUAAAAUACCGUACGCUCCGUAUAAUUGUUUUUAAAAAGGGGCAAAUAAAUAAAAUUCCAAUUAUCGCUUUAUUGGAAAUCGAUAACUUCCCGCAACAAAAGCGCGUUACGGAUAUUUAUAUAAAGCGAAAAAAAGGCAAUAUCCGUUUUGGGGGCAAAUUUAUUGGAAUUGAAAGCGUUGCGGCGGCGUUCGUUGCGCGCUUUACGCUUUUUUUCGGCGAAAAUCUUUUUGCCGCGGCGGUUAAAGCCCGCCGGGGGGUUACCGGCAAAACGUUUGCAAAAAUUUUAAAAAGUUACAAGCGCAAAAGGGCCCGAUAA